GAUUAUCCCGUCAUUAUUAAAGAGCCCAUGGAUCUCGGCACGAUCAAGACCAAACUCAAGGCCAAAUCCUAUCCGACCCUGUUUGCCGUCGCCGAAGACGUGCGCAAGGUAUGGAACAACUGCAUGACCUACAACGCCGACGGUUCGGAUUUUUACAAACUCGCCGAAAGUUUGCAGAAAAAAUGGGAUGAUAAGUACACCAAGGUUCUGGAA